CCUCCAUCAGCCCCGAAUCCCGCACAUACAUUCUCAUACCUAUCGUCCAGCCAAUGGCACGCAUUUACCUGGACUCGGCUAACGAAACGGUGAUAUCUCAACAACCGGGCUUGGUAUCGGAGAAGAAAUUAGAAUGGAGACUGGCGCCCGCAAACACAAAAGUACUUCGGCUGCUAUCGUCUGACUCAGCGAUGCCCGUUGCGCAUCGUCGCACUCAUUAUGGUCAGGAUAACAAGCCGAACCUCGUACUCCGAGAUGGAUAUAAGACAAGCACAUCGAGAGCAGGCGGUACACUUCCUGUUUCGGGAAGCCUCAGUGCGUCGGUAUUCUUGGCUGCAAUAUCCUAUACAGUCUUGGUGACUCUUCCGCACGGGCCGUCCUUAAUGCUGGUUAUUUCUACUACUGCAGGAACUAAGCAAUUGAGCGGCAAGUCAACUUUCACUACGUCUACUGGGGUCGAGCAGCCGACCACCUCCGACCACCUGUGUCUUCGGCGUUUGCGAAACUACAGCUCUUGGAGAUCCCUAGAAGCACACAGCUAUCAGCUGUCCUUGAAGCCAUACUGGUCGAAGCUCCUAAGAGAUGUGAUCAGGACGAUUCUCUCGAAAAGGCAUGGGUUUGUCCAGAAUUUGCUUCAGCGCGGCCUCAACGUCUCCCUAGCCAUCCCCUGGCCAGGUGGUAGAAGGCAGUCUACUCCUAUACGUAUCAGCAUAACAACCAGCGCUCUUCAGAUGCGGCGCAGCAAAACCCUUUUGGCAAUAAUUUGGGACCGUUAUAUUUGGACGCGUGGAAACUUCGGCGUUUAA